AUGAUCACACGAGCGUCAUCUGUGUCACUACGUGGGAAAGGAAGCGGUUUAGUCUGUCCUCCGAUUUGGCUUUCCGGGGUGCUAUUCCUACUGCUAAUGGUACCGCAGGAUGUGAUGUCAAGGUAUGCAUCGUUUAACAUUGGCAGCAUCUUGAAUCACGCACCGGGUGCGGAACAUCGUAACUUUACGAACGCGGGAUAUCCUAACUUUGCGAGUGCGAAACAACAUCCUAAAAUGACGAUUACAAAAGAUAAUAAUGGCUCGGCGAUUAUGGCAGAUUAUGACCCAGUAAAUGAUAUAGAAUAUGACGCGGUAGAUGAGGACGAUUAUGGAUCGGCAAAUGAGACAGAUUAUGACUCGGAGGAGAAAAACCAAUCGAAUGCCACCGGCUUGUUCGAAUUGCAACGCUUGCCAAUGAAAGUAGCUAUAACGGGGUAUUACAAUAUGAUCAGUACCAAGAAGCUCGGUGAAUUGUUGAGAACACUGUUCGACUAUUCGGCUAUGUCAGGGCCUGUGAUGAGUGCAUGA